AUCUUACAAUAUUUUUUUAGUUAGUGUAGAUGACAACCGAUCAAAUCCUCCGCUUAACUCAGUCUCCAGGCAUCAGAUUUCCGACAAGGGUUGAAUAGGUUUUUCUCCCUACGGAGACAUGCACCGCCAACAUCACAUCACGAUCCUCUGCCUUGUUUGUGGGUCUUUCUUCUGAUCUUGAUAUAGGCCCCCUUCCUUAAGACCCUGUCAAGUUCAGAGCUUCACCCAGUGAAGUUGGAAACGUUGAGAUGAAGAUACAGUGCGACGUGUGCGAGAGAGCUCCGGCGACGGUCAUAUGCUGCGCCGAUGAGGCGGCACUUUGCGCCAAGUGCGACUUAGAGGUCCACGCGGCGAACAAGCUCGCCAGCAAGCACCAGCGGCUCCUCCUCCAGAGCCUCUCCAACAAGCUCCCUCUCUGUGACAUAUGCCGAGAGAAACCGGCUUUUAUAUUCUGCGUGGAGGACAGAGCUCUCUUCUGCCAAGACUGCGACGAACCGAUCCACUCGGCGAGCAGCCUCUCUGCAAACCACCAGAGGUUCCUCGCCACGGGUAUCAGGGUGGCUUUGAGCUCCUCCAGCAACUGCACCAAGGAUGCCGAGAAGACCGACGGGGAACCGCCGAGCAAGAAAGGGCCGCAGCCGGUCAUGAAAACCCCCCAGCAGCAGCAGCAGCAGUCUCCGAGUUUCGCAUCCUCGUGGGGCAUGGAUGAGCUGUUGCAGUUCCCGGACUUCGAUUCCUCUGACAAGAAAGAGCAGCUUGAGUUCGGAGAGCUCGACUGGAUAGCUGAUAUGGGUCUCUUCAGUGAUCAGAUCCCCCCUCAAGAAGGCCUAGCAGCAGCAGAAGUCCCCCAGCUUCCUCUGCAGACAUCCCAUAACUAUGCUCCUUACCGGACCGCCAAGUCCAACAUGCCCCAGAAGAAGCCAAGGUUCGAGAUUCGCGAUGAUGAUGAUGAGUACUUCACCGUCCCUGAUCUUGGUUGAGAUAGGAACAUGUACAUAUAUGUAUGUGCAUUAAUCUAUAAUACUCCAAUGUAAAGCGCAGUAAGUCGUCACUUUUGCUUGAACACGAAGCUUGUCCGGAGUUUUAACUCUUUGUAGAGAACAAUAAGUUCUACUGGUCUCGACUGGGAGGUUGUUUCAUUGGAGAGGGGGAUGGAAUUUUCUUCUUACAAA